CUUUCCUGUACAUUUUCCUCUUGGAAAAACAAACAAAGAGUUGACGCGGCUGACUGGGCUGGAGUAUGGUGAGCUGGGAUACUGCCUUGCUUCCAUCAUCUACUUCUCUUUCAAGCGUCUACUCCACCAAAGGGUUAUAGCUUCAGAUUCUCCAUGGCAGAUGCAAAUUACCCAAAAUCUAUGUCAUAUUAUUUUUUGUUGGGUGCAUCCAUGAAGCCGGAAAGUUCAUUUAAGGUCUGCAUGGAAAAGGCAAAAAGGCAAAAGGCAGGAUCAUUUGCGCAUAUUCCUGUGGAUGUACUACGUGACAUACUUCUAAGACUACCAUUAAGUUCACUGCUACGAUUUAAAGCCGUGAACAAAUGCUGGCAUUCUUUAAUUUCAAGUCAUGGGUUUGCAAUUGGACGUCUUAAAAGUCAAGCUAAUAAUGCUGGACCUAGCUCUUACAAAUAUGGAGUCAUCCGAGUAUUGAACAUACCUCAACGACCGCCACAGCUUUCUCUCUACAUGCACAGGAAAGCAGAAGAGGAAGAUUCUGAUGCACUAAUUGUGCAGACUGUAGGGCUUCCUAAUCCUCUUAAGCUUCUAGAAGAUUUUAAAGACACCAAUGGUUCACAGGUUUUUGGUUCAUGUAAUGGUUUGUUACUUCUAGGCCGUGGUAAAAAACCAGAGCAAUUCAUCUUGUGGAAUCCAUCAACUGGGCAGGACAAGGAGCUACCGUUGAACCACUUUUGCGAGUGCCCUAUCACUUUCAUGGCUGGCCUUGGUUAUGAUUCUUUCUCUGAUAAUUAUAAAGUGGUUGCAGCAGUUAAUGAUGGAGGUUCACAGUUAAUGUAUAUUGCUCUAUAUAAUCUUAGGACCAAUUCCUGGUCUAUGUGGGAAAAGACUGUAUUCCCUUACAAGUUCUCUUCUAGUUGUAGCCAACCAGGGAUAACUCUUGCAAAUGGAGCUCCACAUUGGUUGCUGAAUCGUCAUGGUACUGGUGGUGUAGCAAAUGUGAUAAUUUAUUUUGACCCUGUUGAAGAGAACUUCAAGGAGUUGUCCCUGCCUGAUUCGCUAGUAGGUGACAUUUUUCUGGGAGUUUGCAAAGGAUUCCUAUGUGUUGGCUCUUGCAAUCAGAUAUGGAUAAUGAAGGAAUAUGGGGUGAAGGAGUCUUGGACUGUUUUGAUGGAUUUCCCAAGAUAUUCUGCCGGUUACAGUAUCCAAAAUUUUGAACAUUUGAUGUUAUGGCAAUUUCCAAAGAUGAGUACAGUUCUGCUGAUAUUAGAUGGGAAUAGUGCAGCCCUGUUCAAGAGUAAUGGAACGAAGUAUAAGGCUUUUUCUUUCUCUGGCUAUCAGGAAGGGUUGAUAAUAACUGCAUACAUGGAGAGUCUUGUAUCACCCAAUAAUUAUGCUUUAUGCACAAGGGAUUGAAAGAUAAAAAAUAGGUGAGAAUGCAACUUAACACUUCUUAGUUCUUCAAUAUCUGUAAGGAUAAUGUUGUGCUUAUGUUGUUUGUCACACUAAAUUAUUCUAUUUAUGAAGCUUAGAGUACCAAUAUCCUAACAA